AUGGCGCUGCCUGCAGACCAUGGAGAGAUGCGUCGCCUCAAGAUUCAGCACAUAACAAUAAAAAGGCUCGUAGGAAAUAUACUCGAUCAUCUCAUUGAAGCCCACCUAGCACCUAGUCCCGACGGAAGACGCAAGCAAGUACUGGAUAUUCGGACCCAGAGUGGGAUCUGGGCGGAUGAGGUGGCGACCAAAUAUCCAAAUGUCGACAUCAAGAGUGUCGACGUUGCCCCCACAGUGGCUCAUUAUCCAAGACGUAAUCUAAAUUAUGAAGUUUAUGACAUACAUUCGGGAUUGCUGGAGCCGUCAGGAACGUUUGACGUAGUAAACGCGUCUCAUACCGUUGAUAUGACCAAGGACUGGGCCUCAUUGCUCCAAGAAAUACACCGUGUCCUGCGUCCCGGGGGUCUGUUCAUCUUUGGCGAAUGGUAUCCACAACUGACGUUGCCUGGUGGGAAUAUGCCAGCUCUUCUUGGACCGGCACGUCAUUCGGCGAGAUUUAUGGAAACCUACCGAUCUGCCAUAGCCGCAAGCGGUAUUUUCGUAGAGGCCGCUUCAGAAAUUGACAAUUGGUUACGCCCAGAUUCUUAUCUCUGGUCUGCACAAGCGCGUUCAGGAUUCUGCAGCAUUAUUCAUGAGGUGCGGGAGUCGCCCCUGAAUGGCCUAUGGCAUCCAGAUUCAGAUAUGCGAGAGAUCGGGAUGCUGUCAGCCAUGAAUUUCUCAGAGUUUAUUGUUAGCGCACAGCCUCUGUUUUUAUCUCACGGGAUCACUAAAGCUGAGUAUGAUGUGUGGGCAGAGCAUAUUCGAGGGGAGAUUAGAGACCCGCUGAAUUCAGUUGUAAUUAGAUACCAUUCUGUAACUGCGAUUAAAGUCUAA